AUGGCCACUCUUUUCCAUAGGCUCACUCAUUUACCAUUGCCAGGGUUUGAUCCAGCCCUGCCGCAUUCACGCCAUAACCCACGAGCACGUGACCUCCCUCGAAGUAGCAACCGUCCUCGUUCAGUUCAGUCUACAAGGCUUAGUACAGAGGUAUACAAGAAUAUAAUACAUGACACAGAGGGACAAAGUGCAGAUGAUGAUAGUGGUGAGUCAACUCCGCUAAGAAUCACUCUCCAGCCUUCACAACGUACUGUUACAUGUUCUUCACUCCAGGUCGUAGGUCAUGGUUCAUUUGGUGUUGUAUUUUCUACAACGUUUAUUGAGACUGAUGAACAUGUAGCUAUUAAGAAGAUACUUCAUCAUCCUUGUUCCACAAACCGUGAAUUGGCCUUGCUUAGGGCUAUCCCGAAACAUCCUAAUAUUAUUGCAUUGCAUGGUUAUUAUUACGAACGUGACACUCAUAAUAAUUCUCGUUCCUUUCUCAAUUUGGUCCUGGAUCAUGUACCGUGCUCCUUGGCAAGGCGGUUGAGUGUCUUGCGUGUUACAAAACAUGAAAUGCAAGAAUUAGAAGCACGUGUUUACUCGUAUCAGUUGUGUCAAGGGUUGGCUCAUUUGCAUGAUACUGUACAUGUUGUUCACCGAGAUAUUAAACCACAAAAUUUGCUUGUGGAUCCAAGAACUUGGCAGUUGAAGAUUGCUGAUUUGGGUAGUGCCAAGAUCAUUAACAUUGGUGAGCGUAAUGUCCCAUAUAUUUGUUCACGGUACUAUCGUGCACCCGAGUUGCUCUUGGGGUCUCAACGGUACUGUGAGAAAAUUGAUCUUUGGUCUGCAGGGUGUGUUAUUGCAGAGAUGCACAAGCUGGUUCCCUUGUUUAAAGGUAAAGAUACGAUGGCGCAAUUGACAGAGAUUAUCAAAGUUUUAGGAGUUCCGACUACAUCUGAGAUUCGGUCAAUGGUCAAAUGCUGUGAGGUGAAUAAGUUCCCCAAAUUAAGACCAUUAGAAUUGCACGUAGUGUUGAAGGAUGUUUGUAUGGAAGAUACGUUGUGCAUGUUGAAAAAAAUGUUGUCUUAUGAUCCCGAUACAAGACCAACUGCUAAAGAUGUCGUUCAAAGUGAAUACUUUGAUAUUCUAAGAGAUUGUUCUACUGUCUCCAAGCAAAGAUAUAGAGAAAGAAUUAAGGCACUCUUAUUGAACUAA